GUCAAUGACUGACUGUCGACUGACUAACAACACAGGUUCUGUCCAGCACAAGAACUGAAAAACAGGCCUAUAUAAAACGACAAUUACAGAAAGAAUUGAAAUUGAAUAGAAAGUCAUACUGUUGCCUUUGAUUUUAAAAUAAUUUUGUAUUGAUUUACUGCAUAGUUGAUUUGGAGUGAUUUUACUGAUGAUGACUUUGAUAUUGAUUUUUUAGGCUUGUAGUAUGAUUUUACAGAGUCACCUGGACUCACAUACCUUCACUCUGUUCACUUCAUGGACCACAGUGGAAAUAAGUCGUAACCUUUCCAGUGUCAUCUUUGACAUUUGGAGGAGCAUGUGGUUUUGUCAAGAGAGCAAAACAUCAUCAUGUAGCCUUUGUAUGUGCUUAUCUGUCUGCCUGUUUGCAUUCCCUCCCUGUCUCUGGGUUUUGCCUGUUCCCUUGUGGCCUUGUUCAUCUCUUACUGCCUGACUACUUAUUUUCCCUUAUCCCCUCUGUUCCUGAUCCAACUUUUCAAUUACCACAGCAUCCUCACUGAGAAGCUGGUGCUCCGUUUAUCACUAACUCACACUGUGUAACCAGACUUUGUUCUAAAUACAACAAAUACAUAAGGCUGAGUGUUUGGUGCAGAAUGUCUAAAUUUCAUCUCAAAACAUUUCCAUUUGUUUAGAUGAGCAGCCAUAAAAAAAAAGAAAAGAAAGAAAAAAGGCGUUAAAACAGGAGACUGAUUACAAGUGGAAAACCUUGUCAUCCUAAUAGUUAAAUGAUGGUGUAGUGUAGAGUGAGCGGUGAGGCCGGGGCUGUUUUAGUGGCAAAGUACUUGUAAACGUUUGCCAGCCCACCAGACAGCCUCAUAUUACUCAGCACUGAGUGUAAUUUUCCUCUGACAUGAUGAACGAUCAAAUGAGAAUAAAUGGUAGCUGGUUGUUUUGUUGAAGGACAAGUUUAACUGAAGUUUCCAUGUGACGUCCGCCGAGGAGCCCAAACCAGUAUGCCUUUUAUAAAAUGGAAAGUGUGGCAUGGCAGGGCUUUACUGUUGUAGCAACUGAGGAGAACCACUGAUCCACUCAGCAACUGAAAAGAAAGUUUAGUUUCUGUGCAAGUGCAUUAAUUCUUACUUUAUGUAAAAUACUAACUAACGACUUCAACUUGGCUUUAAAACUGAGGAGGGAGAUUUGUUUCUUUUCUGUUAUGAAAUUGUCUUGAAAUGAUUAAAUGAUCUUCUGUGCCUCAUGAGACUAAUUAACUUUAAACAAUUAUUCUCAGUUCCUUUGUAAAUCUAUUUGAAGGGGAGGUUUAUAACAUCCAGCUUUUGCUGAGAUCCCAUCAGACGCUGUGAAAAGCCAUAUUUUCAGUUAAAAGAAAUUUGAAACCUUUGGGCGUAGGCCAGUGGGCGCAGUCGAGUGCAUUAUGUCCUGUUUAUAUUUUGCUUUGGUGGUCCACAUUGGAUUAAGUCCUUUGUGAGUGUGUCAGCAAAAGAUUUUAGUGAAGAAGAACCACUUGUCCAUUUAGAUCUAAUGCAUUAUCAGCGUUUUAUGAUGAACAGGUCCUUCAUAUGUGUAUAUACAACAUAUUAUAUUUAUAGCCUAACCUUUUCACACAUGGAGCUUCUUUAUGUAAUUUUGCAAAACCUCAUCUGACUGACCUCCUGAAGGGAUCAGGAAGUGUCCUGCUGGAGAUUAUCCUUUCGUUAAAACAUUUGCACAGGGAUCAGUGUAUUGCCUUUACAAUAAGUUCAUUUACAGUUCCGCCCUUUUCAGGCUGUAUAAAAGCACGACUGCAACCUUUGUACUCACUGCUGCCCAGCAAAAAAAAAAAAAAAAAAAUCUUCUCAAGCUUCUUCAUCCAAACAAUUUUCAGCACUGGGAAGAUGAGCCUGAGUCUUUUCGCUGCUCUCCUGGCCUUUCUGCUGGGCCUUUCAACUCAAGACAUGGUGCGACCACAUGAGAAAGAUGUGAAGACCACGAAGCCUCACCGUUUAGACAUAACAUCAAAAAUUCUGGAGGCAAAUAAAGGCAUCAACCAUAAUCUGGUGGAAGGUGACGUUGCUCUUUCAAAGAAAAGGAAUGCCAUGAAAUGUUGGAACGACUACUGCAAAUGGAGUAAAUCUUACAAUGGACUCGUUGAAGUACCCUACAGCCUCAGUGAUUACUUCUAUGACGGUGAAAAAGUCUUAAUUGAGAAAGCAAUGGAAACUUUCCACAAGAAAACCUGCAUUCGCUUUGUUCCUCAUCAAGGCCAGUCUGACUUUCUCAAAAUUGAGAGUGAAAUUGGGUGCUGGUCCAAUAUGGGCAAAGAUGGAGGGGAGCAAGUGGUUUCUCUGUCUGUGCAUGGCUGUCUUGAUCAUGGGAUAAUUCAGCAUGAGCUCCUCCAUGCGCUUGGCUUCCACCACGAGCACACUCGGAGUGACAGGGACCAGUAUGUCAGGAUCAACUGGGAAAACAUCCCAUCAAUAUAUGCCUUCAAUUUCCACAAGAAGGACACCAACAACUUGAACACACCAUAUGACUAUUCCUCUGUAAUGCAUUAUGGAAGGACUGCCUUUGCAUCGGUGUAUGGAGAAGACACCAUCACUCCCAUUCCGGAUUCCUCCGUGCCAAUUGGACAGAGGGAUGAGAUGUCUGACAUUGAUAUCCUCAGGAUUAAUAGGUUAUACGAAUGCAGUGAGUAUAGAAGGACUUAUUGAUACAACUCAACCCACUGUAUGUCGUGAGAUAUAUUAAUAUUAAAUUUGAAGUCUUUCCUGUUUUUGUCUUUCCUGAUUGAAAAUCUUAGAAUUGAAAUUGAGAAUAGAUUUAUGCUUUGAAGCCACAGCACAGGAUAUGUUGUGGUGAAUGAUCUCUUUCUUUUCUUUUCAGACAUUUAAGAAAUGAUGACAACUCCUCUCUGUAAUGUGUGCUAUCAUAUAAUUGUUUCAUUUAUGUAUUAGUCCAACCAGUUCAAUAAAUAUUGAUAUAAAAAUCCAUGUCUUCUUUACCUGUUGCAUACCACAAUUUUAAUCAUGAGGACUGGUGAUUUGCUGUAAAUUUUAAGAUAUGAUAUCAAGUGCUCUCCU